AUGAGCGAUGUGAAACUCAUAAGUCUCAAUCUGUCCCGGCAGGAAACUAUCUGUCCAAUGGACCUAUGCUUGGUGCGAGACGGAAGUUCAAUGUAUCAAGCCACGAAGAAAGAGGGAGAUUCGGAUUCGAGUGCAAUAACGCACAUCUCAAUCCCAUACGAUGUCUCCGACGAGCUUUCCGACUCAGAAAGCUGCCUGCCGCAAGUUUCUGGACAUGCCAGUGUUGAUACAGGCGCAGACCAUGACUACUCCGAAAUCCACGACGUGCUUUUCAAUUCAGUUGGCUUGGAACGUGUCUACGAAUGCUGGCAAAAGGUGCAAAAGAAAUACUUCGCGCUGAGCUUUGACGAUGACUUCCAAAUGGUGGGUUACGUCCCUCAAUCUAGAUCGUCUGCUGAAGUUGACGCAUGGAAUAAGUUCGACCAGUGGGAAGUACCGGGGUUCUCGAGAUGCCUUCAAGAUGAACUGGUCGAGGCAUACUUUGGGCAGUUCCACCCAAUCUGUCCUGCGGUCGAUCAAUCAAGGUUUCUCAAGUGGUAUGAAGCGCCUCAACGAGAUGUCCUGGCUCCCCCACAGCCCAUGCGACUUUUACUCCUGUCGAUACUAUUUGCAGCUUUGUCUCACAUUGAGGAAGACUCGCUCCGAGGAGAGCUGUGCACCUCGGUUAAGCGCGCGCAGAAAACCCUGUUUUAUUCUGCUCAGAGUCUCUAUCACCAAGUUGAACUCGAUUUCAUGGGCACGGAAGAACUCGCUCAAAGCGCGCUCCUCUUGAGCUACUGGAGCCCAUACGAUUCCACGAAGGAGGUCAACAGCUACUGGGUGGACGAAGCCAUCCGCCACGCUGUAGCGGGAGGGAUGUCUGAUCCAUCUUCGACACACCGCAAGAGGAUCAUUUGGUGGUGCUGUAUCAUACGCAAUCAUGAGAGCUCGGGAUGCUACUUGAUAUCCGUCGAAACAAAGCUUUACUUCACACGAGCAUUCAUCCUACUGUGUAAGCUGACCAGACUCAUGGUAGAUUCGGUGCGGUUGAAUUCCCGAGAUUAUAACUCUACCUGGCUUUUCCCAGGGGCUCAACAAGCAUUCGAUUUGCUGCAAGAGGUCGGCCAGAUAGACCAGAAAUUGAAGGUCUGGGGCGCCAACUUCGCUCACCUUUACGCGGCAGUUCAGGAUUUGAAGUUCACCGGCCUCAUCUGCCUCUGCAACGGGCCCCUCAAGAAUUUUAACACUGGUCCCAUACAGGCGUGGUUUGUAAAGGAUCUGGCCCUCCUCAAGAUCAAAGAGGCGUCAAGAAACACAGCCGCCAUCACGGCAUCAAUGCUUCGAUUCGCCAACCCAAAGGAUCUCUCAAUCAUCGUGCCACCCUGGAUAAUUCUCCCGAUUGCUCUGCACCUGAUCCAGCUGAGCGAGGCCCAAGACCUCGAGGUCAAGACCGAGAUCACCCAGCAGCUCGGAUACCUGAUGCGGACCCUGCAUACUCUGACACGACGAUUCGAAGGAGCCCAGUUUAUCGUCAAGAUCAUCAACGCCAUUAUUAUGCUAGUCAGGAACUCCACGGAGGAAGUGCCCUUGGGCCAACCGUUUGCGUGGCUGGGGACGCCGCAGGGACGAAGCGUGGGAAGAGGCUACAUGCGACUCAGACAGGAGACGGUGAUUCUCCAUGUGCUGGAGACGAUACAGAAUGGUCUUGCAAAUGAAGUGGUCCAAGCCUGA